CUGCGGACAUUUCAGUCUGAAACUCGGUCGAGUAAUUUUCGUUGUCGGCUUAAGUGCGCAAAAAUUUUUAAGUAAAUUAUUCCAUUUUGAGAAUUCCGCAUAUAACAGGGGGAAAAGAAAAUUAUAAACGCUUUCCCUGCGUUUUUUAGUGAAAGUGUGUUUAUAAAAAAAGAACAAACAAAAUGUCAGACAGAAAGGCUGUUAUCAAGAAUGCGGAUAUGUCUGAAGAGAUGCAGCAGGAUGCUGUCGAUUGUGCAACUCAAGCUUUGGAAAAGUAUAAUAUAGAAAAGGAUAUAGCAGCAUUUAUCAAGAAAGAAUUUGAUAAAAAAUAUAAUCCAACGUGGCACUGCAUUGUAGGACGUAAUUUUGGAAGUUAUGUAACGCACGAAACAAGACAUUUUAUAUAUUUCUACCUGGGUCAGGUAGCCAUCCUUCUCUUUAAGAGUGGAUAAGCUGAUUUCUAUUUUCACAUCUUUCCUUUCUUCUUUCCUCCUUUUCCUUACUGAUACUAUACAGAACACGAAAUUACCGUACCAUGUGUAAAAACCAACUGCAUUAUGAAUAUGAGAUUUGCUUUAAAAAUAGUAAAGCAUACUCCUAACGAACAAAGUAAGAAAUAUCAACAUUAUCAAUUUGACAUUGUUAAUAGCUAAGUAUUUGAAAAAAAUAGAUUGAGAAUGUAUGUAGAAAAAUCAAAGGGUAGGAAACUAUCUGAAAUUAUUGGCAUAUUACCUAAUAUUUUGAAAUGUAUAGUAAAUGCUAAAACUUUGUUGUGUUCUUGUUUUAUAUUAGGUAAGUACGUGAGGUCGAAGCUAGGAAUUCACUUGGACCACGCCGACUAUCCCACACGCACACUACACAAACGACUGUGACGUAUAUGAAAGAGCGAACGUCACUAUGCUUCUGACACGCUUCCACUUGUAAGCAAAAGUUAAAACUCUGCAUGUAUAUCACGUCUCAAUACGUUUGUAAAUUAGAAAAUCUUUGUUCCUGAGAUGCACAAAAAAAAAAGAAGUAUUGUACGGAAAUUGCAAAUUUACGUGAAAUACUACAACAACAUAGAAUAAUAUGGGACAAAUUGAUUUCUAUUCAAUUAUGUAGAACGUAAAAAGAUCUAUUUAGAUAUACAUAUAUGGCGUGGCGUUAUAUAGUCUUGCGUGAAUCUAGUGGAUUCCUAUCUUAAGUUCCAAUUUAACAUUCAAGAUCCUGUAUAAAUAUUUACACAGAAUAGACUAUUUCUUAUUUUGGACGAAGCAAGAAACAUACGUAUAAUUUCUAGUCCCCUUAUACAACAAUGGACGAAAGUCAAGUGGAAUGUAAUUUCCUGCGAAUAUGAAAAUUGAAAGUUAUCUUACUAAAAAUGUUAUGCAUCAAAUGAUUAAACUAUUUCUUUGUUUUUCAUUAUGACAUUUCGUUUAGGUUAAGUUAAUAAUUAUACAAGAUUAUUUGUAUCAACAAAACUUGUUAUCAAAUUUUGAUAACUUUUACCAACAUGUUAGCAUAUGCAGCACUACAUUAUGAUAUUUGAAUCAUUUGUUUCCUACCUUCACACAAUAUUUUAUAUUUUACAUAUAACGUCACAAAAAUUUUAUCUCAUGCCACUUACUCUUAGACAAAUGCUCGAAGUCGUAUCUCUUAUUCUGCCCAUUUUAGUUUGUAUGUAACAUUUAAUACUUCGUAUUAUGGUACUUAUACAUGAUAAAUAAAUAACUAUACAUAAUAUUUAUACACUGUGCAAUCUUCAAGCAAUUUUUCAUGCAGUAUUGAUUAUUAUAAUGUUGCUACAUUGUUCAGAUUUUAGAUCACAAAUUAAACUUUGUGCAAAAAAUAAUUUUGAAGAUUUUUUUGCAAGAUUUUAAUAUUAUUCAUAUAAUGUGAUUUGUUAUUACAUCUAAUAUCAUAUAAUUUUUUCGUCUGAAAAUAUUAAGAAUACGAAUAUACUAAUUAUUUACAAAGUAUUAAGUAGUGUAUUUGUGCAACUUUUAUGUUUAAUCAAUAUUAUACAAACUUUGUCUAUUUUAAUAGGCAUAUUUACAAAUUACCAACUGAUGCUGACUAAAUAUGUUAUAUUUAAUCAAUGAUUGAAAAAUCGGACAUUCAAUAAUAACAAUGAAGCUCUCUUUGAUCUGGUACUUUGUUUAAAAAAUAUUUCUAAAACGUUAAAUAAAGUAUAUAACAAUAGAUAGAUGUUGAGUAAAAUGUGUUCUUUUAUAAAUAUGUUAAAAGUGAAAGUAACAAAAAAAAUUACAAAAUUUACUUUUAGUCCCAUGAAUAAAAAUUAUAAUAGAGAGGUAUAAUAAUUUUAAUAAACAAAUGGAAAGUUGCAUUUUGAGAAUACAUGGAAAAUGCAUUUUCUAAUAUAUUCUAUAUCAUAAAAUAAUAGAGCAUAAAUGGAUAAAAUGAUAAUCCAUUUUAUUACUAAAACGAAAUAAAGUUUAUAAUUCAAUGCUA